GAGAUCCUGAGUGCUCCCCACACAGCAGGUGAUGCAAUGGUAGGUGACAAAGAGGCGCAGAAUUCUCAGCAGGAAAAUGUCGAGCAAAUGGAUAAAUACAGAGAAUUAUUGCAAAGAUCGAAAAGGAAUGUGUCCAGGAGUCAUGAGCAGGGAAACUCCUGUGAGAUUCAGCACAGACCAGAAAGAGAGCAGGGAAACCAGCCAGGAGAGAAAAUGGGUAAAUUUAUUUCCUGUCAGGGAACUCAGAAGAGCGUCAAGGAAACCACAACGCAGCAGAAAAUCCUCAUGAGAAAGAGGAAAAAUACAUGCCGUGAGUGUGGGAAAAGCUUCUCUAGCAGCUCAGCCCUUUCUCAACAUCAGAGAAUCCACACAGGGGAGAGGCCCUAUGAAUGCCGUGAGUGUGGGAAAACCUUCACUUACAAAUCAAGUCUUGUUGAUCAUAAGAGAAUCCACACUGGGGAGAGGCCCUAUGAAUGCCGUGAGUGUGGGGAAAACUUCACUCGCAGAUCAGGCCUUUUUCUCCAUCAGAGAAUCCACACAGGGAAGAGGCCCUAUGAAUGCCGUGAGUGUGGGGAAAGCUUCACUGGAAGAUCAGCCUUUUAUCAACAUCAGAGAAUCCACACAGGGAAGAGGCCCUAUGAAUGCCGUGAGUGUGGGAAAACCUUCACUUACAAAUCAAACCUUGUUCAUCAUGAGAGAAUCCACACAGGGGAGAGGCCCUAUGAAUGCCGUGAGUGUGGGAAAACCUUCACUUACAAAUCAAACCUUGUUCAUCAUGAGAGAAUCCACACAGGGGAGAGGCCCUAUGAAUGCAGUGAGUGUGGGAUAAGCUUCAGUCACAGAUCAGGCCUUUCUAAACAUCAGAGAAUCCACACAGGGAAGAGGCCCUAUGAAUGCCGUGAGUGUGGGAAAACCUUCACUUACAAAUCAAACCUUGUUCAUCAUGAGAGAAUCCACACAGGGGAGAGGCCUUAUAAAUGCAAUGAGUGUGGGAAAAGCUUCACUAGCAGCUUAGUCCUUUCUAAACAUCAGAGAAUCCACACAGGGAAGAGGCCCUAUGAAUGCCGUGAGUGUGGGAAAAGCUUUAUUACCAGCUCAGCCCUUUCUCAACAUCAGAGAAUCCACACAGGGGAGAGGCCCUAUGAAUGCCGUGAAUGUGGGAAAAGCUUUAUUACCAGCUCAGCCCUUACUCAACAUCAGAGAAUCCACACAGGGGAGAGGCCCUAUGAAUGCCGUGAGUGUGGGAAAAGCUUUAUUACCAACUCAGCCCUUUCUGAACAUCAGAGAAUCCACACAGGGGAGAGGCCCUUUGAAUGCAGUGAGUGUGGGAAAACCUUCACUUACAAAUCAAAUCUUCUUGUUCAUAAGAGAAUCCACACAGGCGAGAAGCCCUAUGGAUGCCGUGAGUGUGGGAAAAGCUUCGCUCACAGCUCAGCCCUUUCUAAACAUCAGAGAAUCCACACAGGGGAGAGGCCCUAUGAAUGCCGUGAGUGUGGGAAAAGCUUCACUCACAGCUCUCACCUUACUGGGCAUCAGAGAAUUCACACAGGAGAGAGGCCCUAUGUAUGCAGUGAGUGUGGGAAAACCUUCAAUCACAGCUCGCACCUUCUUACCCAUCUCAGAAUCCACACAGGGGAGAGGCCCUAUAAAUGCAGUGAUUGUGGGAAAAACUUCAUUCACCGCCAGCAGCUUAUUAGCCAUCAGAGAAUGCACACAGGUAUGAGACCCAAUGGAAGCAAGACACGCUACACAUGUCACGAGUGCGGGAAAAGUUUCAAUUGGAGAUCUGUCCUUAUCACAUAUCAGAGAAUCCAUGCAGGGGAGACGCCCUACACAUGCUCUGAGUGUGGGAAAAGCUUCAAUCAGAGGUCAAACCUUAUCACACAUUGUAAAAUCCACACAGGAGAGAUGCCCUACACAUGCACUGACAGCUGGUGCGGGAAAAGCUUCAGUUGGAGCUCGCACUAUCUCAUACAUUGGAGAACCCACACAGGGGAGAAGCCCUACAUGUGCUCUGAGUGCGGGAAAAGCUUCGGUCAGCGUUCAAACCUUGUCACACAUGAGAGAAUCCACACAGGAGAGAAGCCCUACAUGUGUUCUGAGUGCGGGAAAAGCUUUAAAAAGAGCUCACACCUUAUCAUACAUGAGAGAGUCCACACAGGAGAGACGCCCUACAUGUGCUCUGAAUGUGGGAAAAACUUCAUUGAUAGUUCAAGCCUCAACUCACAUCAGCGAAUCCACACAGGAGAGACUCCCUACACGUGCUAUGAGUGUGGGAAAAGCUUUAAUCAGAGCUCUGCCCUGAGCAGACAUCGGAGAAUCCACACGGGUGAGAAACCUUAUGGAUGCUCCGAGUGCGGGAAAAGCUUUUGUCAGCGUUCCGACCUUAUCACACAUCAGAGAACCCACACAGGAGAGAAGCCCUACAUGUGCUCUGAGUGCGGGAAAAGCUUCAAGGAUCGCUCAAACCUUGUCACACAUGAGAGAAUCCACACAGGAGAGACGCCCUACAUGUGCUCUGAGUGUGGGAAAAGCUUUAGUCAGCACUCACACCUUAUCUCACAUUAUAGAACCCACACAGGAGAGAAGCCCUACACCUGUCAGCAGUGUGGGAAAAGCUUCAAUCGGAGCUCACACCUUCUCAGACAUCAGAGAAUCCACACAGGGGAGCUGCCCUUCACAUGUGCUGAGUGCGGGAAAAGCUUCAAUCAGAGCUCUGCCCUGAGCACACACAGGAGAAUCCACACAGGUGAGAAACCGUAUGGCUGCUCUGAGUGUGGGAAAAGCUUCAAUCAGAGCUCAGACCUUAUCAGACAUCAGAGAAUCCAUACAGGGGAGAUGCCCUACACGUGCUCUGAGUGUGGGAAAAGGUUCAGUCAGAGCUCUGCCCUGAGCACACACAGGAGAAUCCACACAGGUGAGAAACCAUAUGGAUGCGCUGAGUGUGGGAAAAGCUUCAAUCAGAGCUCAAACCUUAUCGCACAUAGGAGAAUCCACACCUGUGAGAAACCGUAUGGAUGCUCUGAUUGUGGGAAAAGCUUCAGUCAGAGCUCAGACCUUAUCAGACAUCAGAGAAUCCAUACAGAGGAGAUGCCCUACACAUGCUGUGAGUGUGGGAAAAGCUUCAAUCGGCGCUCACACCUUAUCACACAUCAUAGAAUCCACACAGGAGAGACGCCCUACACAUGCGCUGAGUGUGGGAAAAGCUUCAGUCAGAGCUCUGCCCUGAGCACACAUACGAGAAUCCACACAGGAGAGAAACUCUACACAUGCUCCGAGUGCGGGAAAAGCUUCAAGCAGAGCCAAAGCCUUAUUAGACAUCACAAAAUCCACAUACGAGAGAACUGUUAUAAAUGCCAUGAGUGCGGGAAAAGCUUCAUUGGUAGUUCAGCUCUCAUCUUACAUCAGCGAAUCCAUGCAGGAGAGAAGCCCUACGCAUGCUCUGAGUGCGGGAAAAGCUUCAAUCAGAGCUCUGCCCUGAUCGCACAUCAGAUUAUUCACACGGAUGAGAAACCUUAUGGAUGCUCGGAGUGUGGAAAACGCUUCAAUUGGAGCUCACACCUUAUCAGUCAUAGGAGAAUCCACACGGGUGAGAAACCUUAUGGAUGCUCUGAGUGUGAGAAACGCUUCAGUGCUAGUUCAGCCCUCAUCUCACAUCAGCGAAUCCACACGGGAGAGACGCCCUACACAUGCUCUGAGUGUGGGAAAAGCUUCAAUCAGCGCUCUGCCCUGGUCAGCCAUCAGAGAAUCCACACAGGAGAGACGCCCUACACAUGCUCUGAGUGCGGGAAAAGCUUCAAACAGAGCUCUACCCUGAGCAGACAUCAGAGGAUCCACACAGGAGAGAGACCCUACACAUGCUCUGAGUGCGGGAAAAACUUCAGUUACAGCUCAGUUCUUAUUAGACAUCAGAAAAUCCACAUGGGAGAGAACUGUAAGAUGUGCCUUGACUAGGGAUGGCCAAAGAUUUUUUAUUUUUUUUUAAAUCACAUUUACUAAUUCCCAUGUAGUGAUUUUUGCUCCAUCUUCACUGUGGUCUCUCAGCUCCCCCAGAUCAGUUGCCUGCUUCUGCCUUUUGCAGCUCACCCUCCUUUUGGGUCAGUCCUGUGAUCUUUUCUAUCAACUCCUUUCCUUUUGAGUC